CAUGGCUCAAUUCUAUCUAAUUGGAAUUUAGUUUUAAAUAUAAUUUCGUAAAAUAAUAAAAGUUGAAGGCCAAUACAAAAUAGCAACGAUUGGUGUUUUGUAUAGUGUGAAUUGCUAACGUUAUUUCCUCUUUGUCAAUGGUUAAGUUUCCAUAAUGUUUGAAGUAUGAAAUUUUGUUCCUGAAUAUAGAAAUACAAAAGCCAUGUUCGUGCUAUAAAAUCAAACAACAAUUCAAGACCGAAUUCAAGCACAUUGAAUGAGGAUGUUAGAAGAGAGAAUGACUCAACAGACAUUGACGAAAAAAUAAAGCAAUUUUGGUCAAAAGUUGAUGAGCAAUGUUUAAGAUACGAAAAGGAACAAACAGAGACAAAACCCAUCGAGAGAAAGAAUGGAGGAUUUAGGGUUGUUAGGUUAUUCGUUUCGUCAACAUUUGUAGACUUCAAUUCCGAAAGAGAGAUUCUUGUUAAGAAAACAUUUCCCGCAUUAAAAGAAUGGUGCGAAAAACAAAGAAUACGUCUGUUUGAAUGCGAUUUAAGGUGGGGUGUGCCGAGGGAUUCAACGACUAGAACAACGUUGCUAACAUGCUUCGAGGAAUUAGAUAGAUGUCGAGAAGCCCAAAAAAACCAGCCUGUCUUUUUAAAUUUGACUGGAGAUAGAUAUGGUUGGAUUCCAGGUAUGGAUGAUAUUUCUCAAGAUAUUCAGGAAAAAUACGAAUGGCUUUAUGGAUCAUCCAUCACCUUUAUGGAAGUACUACAUGCCGCUUACAGAAACAAAAAUCCCAAUGCUGCAUUUUUUAUAAGAGAUAGUUCGUUUUUAAAAGAGUUACCAUCAGACCUCAAUCAUAGAUUUCGACAGGAUGAUGAAUUUAGCAGAAGACAAAUUCAGUUGUAUAAAGAAAACGUUAAAAAACGCUUCCCCGAUCAAGUUUUCACGUACAAACCGGAAGUUGAGAGUGUAGAUAAAACUUCUAGUCAAGUCAAAUUGACCAAUUUGGAAGAAUUUUCCAAUCAGGUUCUUACAUUUUUUAAAAGUGCGAUAUCAAAAAUAUAUCCGCUGGAAGAGGUCCAACCGGAAGUUGAAGUAACCCUUAUGGAUAAAUUGGAAGAGGAACAAAAUUUAUUUAUUGACUAUAAAACUGAAUUAGUCUUUGGAAGACAAAUUGAAAUAGAUAAACUCAAAGAUUGUUCAAAUGAUAAUUUUCAAAAAGAUUGUUUAUCUGAAUACGGAGGAAAAAAUGAUGAUAAGUCUUAUGAAGAAUUGAAAGAAAAAUUCAAAUCAUCAGAUGACGAUGAACUAUUGAAAUUAAUUCUUGCUGAGCCUGGUAUGGGAAAAUCAGCAGUUUUAGCUAAACUAGUCCAAAAAAUACAAGAGAAUGAUGAAAAUGAUUUGUUUUAUCAUUUUGUUCCUGUGUCUGCAACUACUAGAGAAUCUUCUAUAAUAAUAAAAAGAAUGUUAUCUUUUUUUAUAAAAGAUGAAAAGGAAUUAAAAAUCCUGGAAGAGAAACUCCCAGAAGAGAUGAUAAUUUCAUUAUUGGCUUAUCUUCGAAAGAAUCCUGUUAAGAAAAGAACGUACAUACUAAUUGAUGCUGUAAACGAGGUAAUUAUUAAUUAUUGUAUGUUAUUAGAUUUGUACAAUUCUUUAUUAAAGAUGCGCUCAUCGGGAUCACAUGAACAUUUGAAUUGGUUACCUCCGACUUUUCCAAAGAAUAUUCACUGUUUGGUUAGUUGUAAUACAGUUCAUCAACACACUCUAAGGAAAUUAGCGGCCAAGCAACCUCUUGUUUUUUCGCUUACGCCCUUGGAUAAAGAGAGUGUCUUGAAUAUAAUCGACUAUUAUUUGGGAAUGUUCAAUAAGAAAUUGGAUAGCCAUCAGAAACAGUUGUUAAGCGAAAAUGACGGAGCGUCAACUCCAUUAUGGCUGAGACUUGCUUGCGAAGAGCUAAGAAUCUAUGGGGAUUUUAAUACUCUUUCGAAAAAAAUUGAGUUACUUCCAAACGACCUAAAAACGUUAAUUGAAGAUAUCUUAAAAAGACUUCAAACUGAGGCAGCAAUUGAAAAUCGCAAAGCACUAAAUGGUACGCUAUGUCUUUUGUACGCUGCUAGAACUGGACUAUCGGAAGAUGACAUUCCUGUGCUGUUAGGUUCAGAAAAUGAGCCAAUAGCCCCACUCGUAUGGGCAGAAACAAGGAGACUGUUGAAACAAUUUCUUCGUAUUAUUUACGAAACGAGAACUGGUUACGAAAGAAUAGAUUUUAUCCACGAUUCAGUAAGAUUAGCUGUUAAAUCAGUUCUUCUACCGGAGAGCAAAGAUACCAUUAAAUGGCACUAUAAAUUGGCUAAUUUCUUAUUAAAUGAUGCCAAGAAGGCUCCAUUUAGUGUCGACGAAAUUCCCUAUCACCUGGAGGCCUCGUAUCAAAGAGGGAAAUUAUUAGAUUUCAUGAGAAAGAAUCCAUUAUCACAACGUAUACCAACGUACGACAGGGCUCAAUAUGUCAAUAAUCUCAAAUGUACUUCAUUCGUUCACUCCAACUUAUCUAAAGUUAAAAGUCAUUCGGAGAUAGAGAUGACAGUCUGUCAUAUCUGCCAAACUGGUAUGAAAGGUGGAUUAAACCCGAUAUUUAAUAGACCAACAGAGGCAUGUUAUAUUUGCGGUCAGUGGUUAGGUUCAGGUCAUCUGAAUAAGAAUAAAAUAUAUAUGUGCAUGCAGCAUAGUAAUAUGUAUAGACAUAAUUGCGUUCUUUGCAACUCAUUCCAAGGUUCUAUGAAACAAAAGGAUAAUAAUUUGUAUGUUUGUCAUCAAUGUACUUUUGGUUAUAAGUAUAAUCUAUGCAAUUAUUUGGAUACUACAAAUGAAUCGGUUGAAGAAUCGUGAAAAAUCAAUUAAAAUAAAAUUAUUCCAAUCCUAAACCCAACUAAAAUUAUAUAGUUCAGGUGUUACAUACCAAGUAUAAUAUAUAUUAAUAACGAACUAUUGUAACAAAUCAAUGUGCGUGUUAGAAAUUUCUAUGUUCUUAGUUAUUGUUUCUAUAGGAUAAAUUUAAAAAAAAAAGACUAAUUAGAGUACAAGCUUAUUUUUAUAUUGACACGUGUGAAUAAUAAUUAUGAUGUUUAUUAUAUGUUAAAAAUAAUUUAUGAAAUAUUUUUGUCAUCGUGAUAAGCUAUUAUUGCGCAU